AUGUGCAACGAUUCAAUCAUCAAUAUAAAAUACGAUGAUGAAUACAAAGUUCGGACUGACUUAUCAAUACUCUAUAAGAACAAGGUGUACGAUUAUACCGAGUUACGAGUUCUGAAUGAUAGCAUAAAGACGUGUAACUCCACAGAUAAUUUCGUAAGGAAUAUUUGGAAAUUACGCAAUAAAUGGGUAAUGACGACGAUGCAUGAAAAAAGGUGCAAUAAACCCAUCAGAACCAUUGGGUUCUACCGAGAGUAUUACACGGUGAAUAAGCAGUUCACUGUCUAUCUCGCACCUACGAUACAAUAUUUCACAAGAAACGAUUAUUGGGUGAAAAACGGUAAACCUUAUAUAUGCAAAGAAAAGUUGAAACCUGUAUUAUACGAGUAUACCCAGGAAGAUCUAUUAAUGUGCAACGAUUCAAUCAUCAAUAUAAAAUACGAUGAUGAAUACAAAGUUCGGACUGACUUUUCAAUACUCUAUAAGAACAAGGUGUACGAUUAUACUGAGUAUCGAGUUCUGAAUGAUGGCAUAAAGAUUUGUAACUCCACUGAUAACUACGUAGGGAAUAUUUGGAAAGUACGCAAUAAAUGGGUAAAGGCGACAAUGCAUCAAAAAACUUGCAAUAAACCCAUUCAAGAGUCUUGGCUGUAUCGAGAGUUUUACAUUGUGAAUAAGCAGUUCACUGUCUAUUCGGCAGCAGAAGGUAAAUUUUUCACGAGAAACGAGUAUGGAGUGGAAGACGGUAAACCUUAUUCAUGUGAUGAAAAGUUCAAACCCGAAUCAAGGGAGUAUACCAAGGAAGAUCUAUUAAUGUGCAACGAUUCAAUCAUCAAUAUAACAUACGAUGAUGAAUACAAAGUUCGGAAUAACUUUUCAAUAUUCUAUAAGAACAAGGUGUACGAUUAUACUGAGUAUCGAGAUCUAAAUGAUGGCAUAAAGAUUUGUAACUCCACUGAUAAUUUCGCAAGGAAUAUUUGGAAAUUACGCAGUAAAUGGGUAAAGGCGACGAUGCAUAAAAAAAGUUGCAAUAAACCCAUUACAACCUUUUGGUUUCACCGAAAGUAUUACACUGUGAAUAAGCAGUUCAUUGUCUAUCGCGUACCUGAGAGUCAAUAUUUCAAAAGAAAUGACUAUGGGGUGCAGUACGGUAAAUCAGUCAUAUGCAAUGAGAAGUUAAGACCUAAAUCAUCAGAGUAUACCCCAGAAGAUCUAUUAAUGUGCAACGAUUCAAUCAUCAAUAUAAAAUACGAUGAUGAAUACAAAGUUCGGACUGACUUUUCAAUACUCUAUAAGAACAAGGUGCACGAUUAUACUGAGUAUCGAGUUCUGAAUGAUAGCAUAAAGAUUUGCAACUCCACUGAAAACUACGUAAGGAAUAUUUGGAAAGUACGCAAUAAAUGGGUAAAGGCGAGAAUGCAUCUAAAAAGUUGUAUUAAACCCAUUAGAACCUUUUGGUUUUCCCGAGUGUAUUACACUGUGACUAAGCAGUUCACUGUCUAUGUCGCACUUACGAGGCAAUAUUUCCCAAGAAAUGACUAUGGGGUGAAAGACGGUAGACCUUAUAUAUGCGAUGUAAAGCUGAGACCCACAUCAGACGAGUAUACCCAGGAAGAUCUAUCAAUGUGCAACGAUUCAAUCAUCAAUAUAAAAUACGAUGAUGAAUACGAAGUUCGAACUGACUUUUCAAUACUCCAUAAGAACAAGGUGUAUCAUUAUACUGAGUAUCGAGUUCUGAAUGAUAGCAUAAAGAUUUGUAACUCCACUGAUAACUGGGUACGGAAUAUUUCGAAAUUACGUAAUUACUGGGUAAAGGCGUCAUGCAUGAUAAAAGUUGCAAUAAACCCAUUAGAACCUCUUCGUUGCCCCGAGAGUAUUACACUGUGA